AUUGCUUUUUGCCUUGUGGCGUCGUUGUUCCACGGAGAAAUUAUUCACCAGGCCCGUCUUCGGCAUACUUGCCCCACCAUGACCAGACAGAAUUCGACGCGGGAUCCCUAAUGCAGACGUACCUUCGUACCACAACCCACCAUCGUGAACCCCUCGCUGGCGUCCACUUUAUCCGCAUAUAAAUGCCCAACGUAGAUUGGCAACAUGGCCCAGCUGUCAUAUAGCCACUCUCUAUCCCUUGCACGCCGCGAUUGUGACACAAACUUUUUUUAUCAUCCCUAAUUGCUCUUUCCUAACAUCAGUGCAAAAAUGUCUACCACUCAGACCGUAAUAGCUGUCAAGCCGUCGAAAGCCAAUAUCGGUGUAUACACUAACCCUGAACACGAUCUCUGGGUCGCAGAAGCCCAACCCAGCUUGGAGUCGGUGCAGAAAGGUGACGGUCUCAAACCAGGCGAGGUCACAAUAGCUAUCAAGAGCACUGGCAUCUGCGGCUCCGAUGUCCACUUCUGGCAUGCGGGCUGCAUCGGCCCCAUGAUCGUGAAAGACACGCAUAUUCUCGGCCACGAAUCCGCCGGCACCAUCCUCGCCGUGCACCCAUCCGUCACAACCCUCAAGCCCGGCGACCGCAUCGCCAUCGAGCCCAACGUCAUCUGCAACGCCUGCGAGCCCUGCCUGACCGGCCGCUACAAUGGCUGCGAGAAAGUCGAGUUCCUCUCCACGCCCCCGGUCCCGGGCCUCCUCCGCCGCUACGUCAACCACCCCGCCGUGUGGUGCCACAAGAUACCAGACAGUAUGACCUUCGAGGACGGUGCGAUGCUAGAGCCGCUAUCGGUAGCGCUGGCGGGGAUGCAGCGCGCGAAGAUCGAACUCGGCGACCCCGUUCUUGUGUGCGGCGCUGGCCCUAUUGGGCUGGUAACGCUACUCUGUUGCAAGGCGGCGGGCGCGUGCCCGCUCGUCAUCACCGACAUCGAUGAGGGCAGGCUGAAGUUCGCGAAGGAGCUCGUGCCUAGCGUCAUCACGCACAAGGUCGAGUUCUCGCACUCGCCGGAAGACUUCGCGGCGGCCGUGGUGAAGGCCAUGCACGGGACCGAGCCGGCCGUCGUGAUGGAGUGCACAGGUGUGGAGAGCAGCAUUGCGAGCGCCAUCCAGACGGUCAAGUUCGGCGGCAAGGUUUUCGUGAUCGGUGUGGGCAAGAACGAGAUGAAGAUUCCGUUUAUGCGGCUCAGCACGCGCGAAAUCGACUUGCAGUUCCAGUAUCGGUACGCCAAUACGUGGCCGCGGGCGAUCCGGUUGGUUAGCAGUGGGGUCAUUGAUAUGAAGAAGUUGGUGACGCAUCGGUAUAAGUUGGAGGAGGCAGUGGAGGCGUUCAAGACGGCGGCGGAUCCGAAGACGGGGGCUAUCAAGGUGCAGAUCCAGAGUCUGGAGGAUUGAAGCAUUGGUUGAAUAGAAACUUUAGAGUAUGUAAUUUAUGAAAACUUGACUACUAUUUC